UACCACUUUUUAUUGGUGUUGACACCAUUCAAAUAAAGGUUUAGAAGAUACAUGCUUCAGGAACCUGAUGAUUGGUGAACACACAGUACGCCUUCCACUAGAUUUCCAAGCUCACUACUUGAAGAAGCUGAAAGUGCUUUGAGCGAAACGUCAUCGUAUGUUGAUGUUUAAAUCAGUCACGAAAAGUACUACGCCACCGGUGAGCAACUAUAUUGAUCAGAAUUUUAUCAAUAACGAUUGGCACAUAUAAAAAAAAGUCUGUGAAUAUGACAAGCGUGUGUGGUGGUGGAGGGUUAAUGACUAGGAUUUUGUCAUGAAAUUACCACGUGACCAAACCCAAAAACAAUAUACAUCAUUAUUUUGGCAACGGAAACCUAGGUUUUACUUUGAUGAUGAAGCUGAAGAUGAUGGUACAUUUCUUGCUUUCUCACCUGUGCAAGCUGGAGGAUUUUAACAUCUCCACUGCGGUCAUUCAGAGGUUCCUGGCAUCAGACUUUGCAACUAUAUCUCCUGCCUCUAUCUCCAGCCGCUGGUGCUAUGUUCUACCAAGCAUGAAGAAAGGAGAGAUUGUGUCAGUCACUCACGCACUCCUGCCCAAGAGUUCUCUACAAUCCUACAAUGACCUGCGCAAGCACUGGAAAAAUAUGCACGGCUACCGCCUGCCGCAAGAAGAGCAGGACCGGACCAUUUAUUGCCACAUCAACUUCAAACUCCUUGGAGAACGGCUCUUCAGGUGAAACGAAAAAUAAGAUUCCAAAACUUUUUGAGCUUCCUCCCACGGAGGCUCGUAUGGUAGCAGCGGCGUGAGCAAGCAAUCGCAGGGCUGUUAUGGUUGUUUGAAUAAGGUGGAGGAGCUGGCAUGCAGUGGUUCAAGUGCUGCACUGUGAACCCAGCGAUGUGAGAUGGAUUCCCGGCCAUGGCUAAUAUCGGUGGAUAUGAGUGGUUUGAGAAUAAUGAAAUGCAAUGAUGCGAGAUUAGAUGGUGACGACGAAAUUUAUGAAGAUAAUAAUAAUGAUUGUAAGCUUUGCAUUUUUAUGGCGCGUAAAUAGCACUGCAACUCAAAGCUCCUGACAUAAUAUCUUACCUCAAAUAUUCCAAGAACAC